GCGACCAAUGAGUAACAGGCCGUCAGCUGACUCUGUUUAGCGUCUAUUGUACACAAGACUGGAGCUGAGACAGACGCGGAUCACUGUGAAUACAGACUCAUGUCAAUCUAUCUGUCUUUUACAAACUGACCUCUUCACAAAGAUGCAGUUCAUGCUGUUGUUCAGCAGACAGGGGAAGCUCCGUCUGCAGAAAUGGUACGUUCCUCUGUCCGAUAAGGAGAAGAAGAAGAUCACGCGGGAGCUGGUUCAGACCGUUCUGGCCCGUAAGCCCAAGAUGUGCAGCUUCCUGGAGUGGAGGGACCUGAAAAUCGUGUAUAAAAGAUAUGCCAGUCUGUAUUUCUGCUGUGCCAUUGAGGACCAGGAUAACGAACUGAUUACACUGGAGAUCAUCCACCGCUACGUCGAGUUGCUCGACAAAUACUUCGGCAGCGUCUGCGAGCUGGAUAUCAUCUUUAACUUCGAGAAGGCGUAUUUUAUCCUGGACGAGUUCCUGCUGGGAGGCGAGGCUCAGGAGACGUCAAAGAAGAAUGUCCUGAAAGCCAUCGAGCAGGCAGAUCUGCUGCAGGAGAGCCAGACUGAAGACUGGGGCGGUUUGACCAAUGAGGAGAUCUUAUAAGGGACCGGAGUCCCGCCCACCCUGUCAGCCUAUUGGAUGCCAAAGAAGCAGAGACUCCCCGCAGCGUCCUCGAGGAGAUCGGACUCACAUAAACCCCUCCGAGAUGACCGUCCCAAACACACACACACUCAGCCUGACCACUAAAGAUGUAGCAAACACACACACACACUUCACCAUGUUUCAGUGUUGGUCGCCUUUCCUCCUCUUGCCAUUGGUUUGUGAGCAGAAGUUGCAGAAAUGUGUUCAGCACCAGACUUUACAUCUGCUGUGAAGAUCAGCGUCCCACACGCACCGCGCUGCUUUAGUUCAUCAAAUAUAUGUGAUUCUCUCAUCGUUUGGAGUCGGUAUAAUCAGAUAUUCCUGCUGUAGACACUCAAUCGACUAGCUUUACAGUGUUUGAAAAGGUAUUACGUGACAUAUGGAAUUUAUAUAAUUUAGAAAAUACAGAAAAAGACACAAAAGGGAUUCAUUUACAAAACCAAAGAGUGCUUUCUUGCUUUUUUGUAGUUGAAAGUGGUAAACAUCAGCACACGGACCCGAGACAUACUCUACACAAGUAUAUUUGAAUGCAAACGCUUAAUAUGCUGAAAAUAUUUAGACUUAAAUUUAAGAUUUAUGUAUUUGAAUUGCAUAUACAAUUUGGAUUACACAGUUUUAACAUAAACCAACUAAUAAACUUAAUGUGAUUCAUAUUUGUCAUGCGUAAAUGGAAAAGGAUCAGAUUUCUGCAUUGAAAAAAGCAUCUAUUUGAUUUUAUUUAAAAUCGUAAUUUAAUAAUUAAUUUAUUAAAAUAGUUUAGAAUCAGCAUAAAUCUGUAUGUGAAAACGAUUACGUCUAUUCAGUUAAAAAGUAUGAACAUGAUUGAAAUAUGAAAUAUAUUCAGUUAGUUCAAAUGAGAUUAAAACAAAUUGUAUUUAUUGAUGAUGAAUAUAUAAAACUGAUUAUUGUGUGUUUAAAACACCUUCAGUUUCUUAGUAUUUAUUCUUUAGUUAUGUAUGACUAAUAAGUUUGUAUCACAUUGAGUUUAUUAAUUUCUUUAUGAUAAAGC